GAGGUUUUUCUCUGUCCGGUAUUUUUGUUAGACAAGUGCCGCGUAGGGGCAGCAAGGGGACGACGCCGGAAGAAGUCUUUUAGACCAACAAUGGCCGUGACGGGGGAGAAGGACGUGGCCGCCAUGGCCCGACAGAUUGCAGAGAUAACACAGCGCGACGGCUGGAAGUCCGACAAGAGCGUAGUGCCUGACAUGCAGCGGCUGCUGGGAAAGCUUACGACUUUGAAAGUGGAUAAAGACCUGCUACAACGCACCAAGAUCGGCGCAGCCGUCAAUAAACUAAAGAAACACGACGACGAUAUUGUACGUGGAUAUAGUCAGAGCCUCACUAAUAAAUGGAAGAACGAGGUUGGCAUCGCUUCCUCCUCGUCAAUGUCCAGUCGACCACCCGAGAGACAGCGAGUACCUAGUCCAUCGCCGCCGAAACGAAGUUCAGGGGAUCAGAAGAAGCUUGAGAGCGCCAGAAAGAGGUUACAGGAAGGUUAUGCUAGUGAGAGAGCUAAGAGAGACUCGCGGACUGUACAAGUGCUGAGUGGCCCUAUCUCUAAGGGGCGGAGAGGUACAACAGUGUCCACCGCUCCGUCCAGAAGUUCAAUUAGCAGAGCGCAGAUGGUGCAGCGUCGACCGCUCUCCAGCGCGAACCACAGAUCGGGAUCGGCACCACCAGUGGCUCGUCGAGUGCUGCCGGCAUCGAGAGUGCAGCAACAGGCUAGACGUCCUGCUACCUCACUUGCUAAUAUGUCAGCGGAAGAGAGGCACCGACAACGCCAGCUUAAAUACAGAGCACUGUCAGGACAAGCCAGUAAUGGCAGUGAUAGUGGACGUCGGGAGCCUGAGCACGCACGGAGCAGUAGCAGUAGCACACAGGCGAAUGGCAGAGCGAGGCCUGGCUCGCGACCCACUAGUGCAUCAUCUUCGAGAGGUGGCUCCGCACCGAGAAAUCUUCCUCCCGCUCUGGAUGCACGCAAGGCCAUGCUAGACAAAAUGUAUCCUCGUGUAUGUGGCGUAGGCGCCGCAUCCACGGCCAGUACAGGCGCAACUAAGAAGAAAACUAGCACAGCAGCCAGGAGGAAGGAAGUGAACUACACAGAAGGACAGCGAGAGGUGCUGUCGUGGCUCAAGGGACUGAGUGUGGAUAUGAGCGAAUACGCUCCAGCUUUCUUUGAGAACGGCUUCGACUCGGUGAAGCUCCUCAGUACUAUCGAGAAGUCGGAUCUGCCGUCUCUGGUGCCCAAGAAAGGUCACCACCGUUUGAUACAGCAGGCUCUGGACGACUUGCGGCAUAAACACUCGACGUCUGCAGCUUCACAGCGCCGUGAUCGCUUUCAGAAGGAAUCACGCAUGCGACGUCGUGAUCCGUUUGAGGACGAAGACUCAGACGAUAGCUUUGUGGUAAGCGACGACGGAGAGUACCGUCCGGGCCACAUUGCUGCGAUGUUCCGCAAGAACCGAAAGAGGCAAUUCUCGUAUGACUCGGACGACUCGAUCAACAUGGAAGCCUCUUUCGACGAGAUCCAGAAGGAAGAAAAGCGCAGUGCGCUGUAUGGCGAAUAUGAAGACUUCCGAGAGGACAUGCGCAACAAGAAGAUGCUGAAGAAGAAGAAACAGUGAGGAUAGUCCUGUAUCCGGCCGGCACUUUGAGCGCUCGAAGGAUCUGCCUCUUGGCAUUCGGACAAUACACAACGUCGAUGGAAAAAUGAGUUAAAAAAAGACAUUAGAGAAUCACACCGCUCAUUUAAGUUGCAUGAAUAUUUUAUUACUCACGAACUUUCGAUGAAAAUGUCGC